AUGGCUUCCAAGCAAGAAACAAUAAUCCCCUUGAAACUGUGGGUGGACAAAGAAAGAAAGCUUGUAGUUAUGGCUGAAGCAAGUGGAGACUUUGUAGAUGUUCUCUUUAGUUUUUUGACCCUUCCAUUGGGAACAAUCAUUAGACUUGUGUCCAAGAACCAACCUCAUCAACCAGUAGAGAUUGGUUGCCUCAACAAUCUGUAUCAGAGUGUGGAAGAUUUCAGUACUGAUGUUUUCUGGAACCAUAUCUGCAAGAAAAUGCUGCUUUCUCCGGCCAACCCUUGUGAAGCCCUUUGUAAGAGACUAAAGUUAAAUGUAGAUGAUACAGAUACUAAGUAUUACAUGUGUAGCAGCUGUCUAGAGGACAAUGAUUGGUUGCUGAGUACUUUUGGUCUGACAAGUUGUUCAUGUGGGAAAUUGAUGGACAAAGAAAUGAAGUUAGUGGUAGAAUCCAAUGAAGAGACUCAUGAGAAUGGUGUUUUUGUUAAAGAGAAAACCAUGUUCUUGAUCUUUGAUGAUUUGAGGGUGCUCAAAAGUUCUCCUGGAAACACAGUACAACAACUCCUCCAACUUGGGUACAGAGACUUCAAUAAGAUGACAGAAAUGUCUCUAAAAGUUGGUAUGAAAGAGAUUUCUAGUAUAGUAAAACAAGCAUUGACCUCCAAAUCUCCUCUAAGUGAUGUAUUCUUGGCAAAUGGAGAAUCUAAGCCAAUGUACUCUUUCUCACCACAUGCUAUAACUGGCCCUCGACGUUUUGGUAACUUUCGAUAUUCUGUAGACCUCAAGAUUACAGUUUGCAAAUCCGAGAACAAGAUUAUGUUUGCUGAAGCUGAGGAAGACUUUGUUGAUUUUCUAUUCAGCUUCCUCACAAUACCUGUUGGAUCUAUUCUGAGACUUACAUAUGCCAAAUUAUCUUUGGGAUGCAUGGAUAACUUGUAUACAAGUGUGAAGGAUCUUAAUUCGUCAUGGUUCAUAGGUUCAUCGGGCACUUCCUUACUGAAUAUGCGGGUUGCUCCUCAAUAUGGUUGUAAGAGGCAGCUACUAUCUCUUUCAGAAGAAGACACUCCUAGUUAUUGGUAUGGUUAUGGUACAGGAGUAAUGAAAACUAAUACGGGCUCUGUCCAAGAUGGAACCAUUUCAAAGGAAAUGCAUAAGGUACAAUAUCCACAAGCCAUGAAACUUUUUGAUCCGAGAUCUCCCGAUGGAAGAAGAGAUCCUGCGGUAGGAUUUGUGAGGAGACCGUCACUGUUUGUUGUGUUGGAUGAUCUUAAGGUGACACCAUUGACAACUACUUCUAGCAUUUCGUUUUUGCAAAAGCUGAAUGUGCCGUUGGAUGAUUUGGAGGAGCACGUGGUAGAAAUUGGAGCACAGGAGGCACUAAACCUGUUAGCGGCUUCUUUGACAUCCAAAGCUCCUUUGACAGAGAGCUUAUUCUGCCUCCUGAAGAAGCCAAAGGAAGAAAUUCAAAUUAUCCUUUGAAUUUUGUCCUAUGGGUGAUAGCUGAUAAG